UCCUGCAGCUUCCCCCACGGCAGUCAGAAUGUUCUAUGAUACGUAAUGUUACUGCAAUGACCCCCCUUUUUCAAGGCAGCCGUCAGCACAUGAAUGGUACUUGGGUGCAUGGAUUGACUGGAACCAAAGAAUCAAGAUCGGUCCGGGCUACUGGGCCCUGGGCAAGGCCGCUUUAGGUAAUCCAUCUGCCACGUGCCGAACCAAGGCUGAGCGGUGCCGUCUGUCGCGCGAAGUCUUCUUCCAUUUGCGUCCUCCAUCGUCACCAACCACUUCAUUUAUCCUUGGUUCCCUUGAUCUAGCCCUUGCCAUGGAGGAGGGUACGAAAUCAAAGAAGACCGUUUUUGUAGGAGGAAUCGCCGAAGAUGUCGAUGAAACUAUGAUAUACGAACACUUUUCCACCUUUGGUGACAUUAUCGAGGUCCAGCUACCUUCGGCUGUAACAAAUCUCAACCAACAGUCUGAGGCGAAACAUCGUGGCUUCGCUUUUGUCACAUAUGGUUCGUCUGCCGAUGCUCAGGAUGCCAUUGACAAUAUGGACAUGAACGAAAUGCACGGCAAAGUCAUAAAGGUCAAUUUGGCUCGGCCCAUGAAGACGCCUAUGCAACUGGGAGGAAACAGGGCCGUCUGGGAAUCAGAAGAAUGGCUCAAGGAACACGCAAAACCUCUCGCGGAAAGUGGAGGCGUGCAAGGCCGUACCACCCAGCGUGACCGGGCAGAAUCUGAAGACGCCAAUGAAGAUGCCAUGCAAGAGUGACUAUACACUACUAUUAUAGCACUGAAAAGGUAUGUGAAUUCGCACCAUGCCGUUCAAGCCAUUGACGAUAGAACGAUAAGCCCUUAGCCCCGUGUGCAACCUACCUCCGACCCCAGUCCCUGGACAUACCACUGAACGCGUUCCUGUAUAUGUACAUGGCGAAGGACAGAAUUCUCGGCUGAGA